UGUAUCCCUCGAUCUCCUCUCCGUCAAUCGCCGCCGGAGGCGUCUUCGUCACCGGUACCGAUGCAAAGCCCAGUAGAUGCCCUCGAAGACACACCAUUUUAAGCGUGCUCGGUGAGAGGCGCUUUCAGUAGGGUUCUUACUUCUAAUUGGAUCGAGACGAGUAAAUUGGUUUCAUUCUCUUAUUUUUGCAAUACUUGUUCAAAAUAAGCGAUGAACUUCUGCUUGAUUUCGUGCUCGAUUUGUGAUUCCAUUGCGUUGUGUUUUGAUUAAGAAGGUCACCAGCUUAAAUUCCGAUCUUUGCUCGAUGAACUUGGGGUUCCUUGCAGUCUUGUGUGGUUUCAUGAGUUUGGAUGAGGUGGGCCUGCAAGGAGUCGAGUUCCUUCGUCCUAUUCACAUGUGCCAUGGCUUAUCCCGCCUUCCGGACUCUUCUCUUUCGCCUUCCAUGUCGCACUCAGCGUUCUCCAAUCAAAGAGUGGGAAUCCUUAACACCCCUCUCUCAGGGAUUUCGACCCUAGUCCAAUGGCUUCCUCCUACCUCCUCCUCUUGACUCUCCCUAAAAUCCCUUCCUCUUCGCCAAUCUCCUUUCGCCCGAAGCUCCAGCCUUGGCAACCUCGUAGCCUUAGGCUCCUAUCCCGCCGGAGAGAUGGACGCUCCCCGAUGUUCUCGGCCCAGGACCAGGAAGAGCUUCCCAAAUCGUCGUCUUCUCCUGUUGCCGUCGCCACUAAUGAAGAUGGUAACAACGGGUCACCAGUGGCCGAAGCCGCAGAGGAAGGAGAUCCAGGUGCGGAGGAGGUCCAGCAGCAGGAAGUGGAUUGGAAGACGGACGAGGAAUUCAAGAAGUUCAUGAGCAAUCCCUCCAUUGAGGCUGCCAUCAAACUCGAGAAGAAGCGGGCUGACAGGAAGCUCAGGGACCUUGACCGGGAUUCUGAUACUAAUCUCUUUUCUAUGUUUUUGAGGAAUCUGCUCAGGGAUAGCAUAGCCAAGGAGAAGGAGAGGUUGGAGAAGGCGGAAGAGGCAUUCAAGGCUCUGGAUCUCAACAAGCUCAAGAACUGCUUUGGUUUUGAUACAUUCUUUGCUGUGGAUGUUCGGAGGUUUGGAGAUGGUGGUAUUUUUAUUGGUAAUUUGAGGAGACCAAUCGAAGAGGUCAUGCCGAGGCUGGAAAAGAAGCUAUCCGAGACCGCUGGCCGGGAUGUGGUGUUGUGGUUUAUGGAGGAGACUAAGGAUGACAUAACUAAGCAGGUGUGUGUGGUUCAACCCAAAGCUGAAAUCGAUCUUCAAUUUGAGUCAACAACGCUGAGCACGCCAUGGGGAUAUGUGAGUGCCAUAGCGCUGUGUGUUGCAACAUUUGGAACCAUAGCAUUGAUGAGCGGCUUCUUCCUUAAGCCUGGUGCUACUUUUGACAACUACAUAGCAGAUGUUCUCCCUCUUUUCAGCGGCUUUCUUUUGAUUUUAGGUGUAUCCGAGAUUACAACAAGGGUAACAGCAGCUCAAUAUGGUGUCAAGCUCAGUCCAUCAUUCCUUGUGCCAUCAAAUUGGACUGGAUGCUUAGGGGUGAUGAAUAACUACGAAUCACUCUUGCCCAAUAAAAAGGCUCUGUUUGACAUCCCUGUUGCACGCACUGCCAGUGCAUAUAUAACAUCUCUAGCCCUCGCCAUCACUGCUUUUGUAGUUGAUGGUAGUUUCAAUGGUGGAGACAAUGCUCUAUUUAUUAGGCCGCAGUUCUUCUAUAACAACCCACUUCUUUCUUUCAUUCAACUGGUGAUAGGACCAUAUGCCGAUGAAUUGGGUAAUGUAUUGCCAAAUGCAGUUGAAGGAGUUGGAGUACCUGUUGAUCCUCUUGCUUUCGCUGGACUUUUAGGGAUAGUUGUGACAUCAUUGAACCUACUACCAUGCGGAAGGCUCGAAGGAGGGCGUAUCGCGCAGGCUCUUUUUGGAAGGAAUACUGCAACAAUAUUAUCAUUUGCGACUUCCUUGCUUCUCGGAAUAGGUGGUCUCAGUGGCAGUGUGCUCUGUUUAGCCUGGGGCCUAUUUGCUACGUUCUUCCGCGGUGGGGAAGAACUCCCGGCGAAGGACGAAAUAUCUCCGCUCGGCGACAACCGCUACGCUUGGGGCUUUGUCUUGGCCUUGAUUUGCUUCCUUACCCUACUUCCAAAUGGCGGUGGCACAUUCUCCAGCUCCUUCUUUAACGCUCCAUUUUCCAGAGGAGAUGUGUAUUGACCGAAUUAUUUCUUUAAUCUCUUCUUUCCCUGUUAAAUUUGUGUCAUGUGCGUGUAAAGUACAAAUGCUGAAAAAGAGCCAUCGCAAUUAAUUAUGUUGUUGAAUGGUGUAAUAAAUGUACCUUUUUUUGCAUUUAUUUAGGUCUCAUAAUUUUGUUCA